ACUGGCUCACUGAAGUCCCAUUCCAUCGUACUCACGCUCUCACACGGGAUAAAUAGUUUCCCUCGUUCGACUAGAUCCGAUCUCAAAAACCUACUCAUCGCGCUGAAAUUUGCGACUCCUGUAGAGAUCUGAGGCACCAUUUCAGGUGCUUGUGACUAGGUGCUGCUGUGAUUCCUCAGGAACAUGGCUAUGGGGAAGUAUUCCCGUGUAGACGGAAGGAAAUCAUCAAACUAUGGCUUAACCAUCACCGUAGUUAUGUUUGUUUCCCUUUGCCUGUUUGGGGCAUGGAUGUUCAUGUCAUCAUCAUCAUCAUCCGCCUCAGCUGAGACCGUGGACUUGUCGUUGAGGGAAACUGCGAAAGAUAUUGAAAGUGACAAGAGUGAGUUCACAAAAGAAGAAGUUUCCAGGAAAGAUUUUGAUGAAAAGAAUGAGGAAAAUUUGGUGACGGAGAGUAGGGAAGAGAAGACUGAUGCGGAGAAAUCUACUGAGGAGAAGCAGGACGAUCAGAACUCGGGUGAGAAAACCGAGUCAGAGGAGGAGAGAAAUGAAGGUGGUGAUUCCAAUACUGAUGGGGAUAGAAAAGAUGGAGAUGAAGGGAAAAAUUCAGAUGUGAAAGAAGGAGAGGCAGAAGGUGAUGAAGAGAAACAAAAUGAGAAAACACAGCUGGAAGAGAGCUUGGAAGAAAACAAAUCUGAGGAUGGCGUUGAAAGUGAAGAAAAGAAUCAAGAAAACGGUGGUGAGUCUGAAGAAAACUCUGAGAAAAAGUCUGAAGAAAAUGUUGGCAAAUCCGAUGAAAAUGCUGAGAAGAGUACUAAGGAAGUCUUCCCAGCAGGUGAACAGGCUGAAAUCACGAGAGAGGCAAAGACUGGAACAGGGGCUUGGUCAACUCAAUUGGUUGAGUCACAGAACGAGAAAAAAUCACAGCAGUCUUCAAUAUCUACGGAUCAAAGCAGCUAUGGCUGGAAAGUCUGCAAUGUCACUGCUGGACCAGACUACAUUCCUUGCCUUGACAACUGGCAAGCUAUCAAAAAGCUUCCUACUACAAUGCACUAUGAACACCGUGAGAGGCAUUGUCCUGAGGAACCUCCUCGCUGCCUUGUCUCUCUGCCUGAAGGAUACAAGCGAUCCAUCAAGUGGCCGAAAAGCAGGGAAAAGAUCUGGUACUACAAUGUCCCUCACACAAAGCUCGCAGAGAUCAAGGGACAUCAAAACUGGGUGAAGGUUAGUGGUGAAUAUCUCACGUUCCCCGGUGGUGGAACUCAGUUCAAGAACGGUGCUCUCCACUACAUCGAUUUUGUCCAGCAGUCACAUCCUGAUAUUGCAUGGGGCAAUAGAACCCGUGUUAUAUUGGAUGUUGGGUGUGGAGUUGCGAGCUUUGGAGGUUAUCUUUUUGAAAGAGAUACACUUGCCAUGUCACUUGCUCCCAAGGAUGAGCACGAAGCCCAAGUGCAAUUCGCACUGGAACGUGGUAUUCCGGCCGUGUUAAAUGUUAUGGGAACCAAAAGAUUACCUUAUCCCAGUUCAGUUUUUGACCUUAUCCAUUGUGCGCGUUGUAGGGUCCCAUGGCAUAUCGAAGGUGGUAAACUUCUUCUGGAACUGAACCGAUUGUUGAGGCCUGGUGGUUACUUUGUAUGGUCGGCUACUCCAGUUUACCGGAAGAAUGAAGAAGAUUCUGGGAUAUGGAAAGCAAUGUCAGAGCUGACAAAAGCGAUGUGCUGGAAGCUAGUGACCAUCAAGAAAGACAAACUGAAUGAGGUCGGUGCUGCCGUAUUCCAGAAGCCAACAUCAAAUCGGUGCUACAAUAAAAGAACUCAAAACAAGCCACCGCUCUGCAAAGAGUCCGAUGAUCCAAAUGCAGCCUGGAACGUUCUACUUGAGGCAUGCAUGCACAAGGUACCAGAAGAUUCAUCGAAGCGUGGAGCUGUGUGGCCUAAGCAGUGGCCACAAAGGUUGGAGACUGCUCCAGAGUGGUUGAGCUCUCAGGAAGGCGUUUACGGGAAACCUGCAGAAGAGGAUUUCAACACUGAUUACGAACGCUGGAAGACGAUUGUUUCAAAAUCAUACCUCAACGGUAUGGGAAUUGAUUGGUCUUCCGUGAGAAAUGUCAUGGACAUGAGAGCUGUCUAUGGAGGAUUUGCUGCUGCGCUGAAGGAUCUGAAAUUGUGGGUGAUGAAUGUUGUCCCCAUUGACUCAGCAGAUACACUUCCGAUAAUAUAUGAACGUGGUUUGUUCGGAAUGUAUCACGACUGGUGUGAGUCAUUCAACACUUACCCCCGAACUUACGACCUUCUUCACGCCGAUCAUCUUUUCUCUGCCCUGAAGAAGAGGUGCAAUUUGAUAUCGGUUAUGGCUGAAGUCGAUAGGAUUCUCCGGCCACAGGGAACGUUCAUCGUUAGAGAUGAUGUUGAAACAGUAGGGGAAGUCGAAAGGAUGGCGAAAUCGAUGAAAUGGGAAGUAAGAAUGACGUACUCAAAAGACAACGAGGGUCUGCUUUCGGUUCAGAAGACGUUUUGGCGCCCCAAAGAGGCCGAGACAAUAAAAUCGGCGAUCGCCUAACAAGCAGAGGAUCGCCAGCAACUCUUCCUUCACUCAAAACCAUUCCAUUGGUUAUUACACAGUUUGGUAAGUUGGUUCUUCAAGAACAUCAUCAAAUUGGUUGUCACUUUUCCAUAGGUAAGAUUCUUUAUCCACUUGCAAUCUGAAGGAAAUUGUAUACAUAAUUCACCCAUGAAAGUGUAGAAGUCAAAAAGAAGCUUGCUUUGUAUCUCUCCAUCCAUAUGAAAACUCGUAAGAUAUUUUUGGAUUUUUUGUAUGAAUUUAGUGGAAGACAGAUUGUUAGUAAUGAUUCUAAUGAACGAUUUUUACGGAUCAUUAUUAAGGCA